CAGUAGUAGUAAAAAUAUUUGUUAAAAAAAAAAGAAAAUUACAAACAGAAAUAAAAAAAAAAAUUUAGAAAAUAAUAAAAUAGAAAUUGAAACGUGUUCGUCGUGAAUAUUGUGACGACAUUAUAAGUAGAAAAUUAAUGAGAAAUUACUCGUGUCACAAUGAAGGAAGAAGUUGAAACAACUUAUAAUAAAACAGCAAUUUUUGCAACAAUAACUUUAAAAAUUUUUGAAUUGUUGCUAAUAAUAUGUUGCAUUGCAAUAAUUGAUGAUCCAGCUAAUCAUCAACCAAUAAGUAAUAGACCAUUAAUAGAAAAUAGAACAAUACAAUUAUGUUAUGCAACAUUCGGUGGAUUUUUAAUAUAUACAGGAAUUUAUUUAAUUGUUAGAUUAUUACAAGAAACUACUGGUUGGAGAACAUCUGCAUUUUGGUCAUUGGUAGGAUUUGUAUUAUUUUUAGCAUGUGCUAUUGCUGUUUUAAGAGAUUAUACUGCAACUAAGGAAAGAUAUUAUUGGCAUCCACAAACACAAAGAUUGGAUUUUGUUUGUGUCACCGGUGCGAUUUCGGCAGUUGUAGCAGUCUUUUAUUUAAUUGAUUUGCUCGUAACUAUUCGUUAUGGCGUGAAAGGAGAUAUUGAGUAAAACUUCAUUAUGAAUAUUUAUAGACUAAAAUUCAUUUUUCAUUAACCGCGAAAUAAAUGUAAUCUUAAUUUAGGUUUUACUUUAUUCUAAGAGCAAAUUUAAAGAAAAAACAAAAAGAACGCAAAAUGAUUAAAUUUUUAAUUAUAUUAUUGUUAUAUAUAAUAUAUAUAUCAAUGUAGAAGUACAACUAAUCAUCACCACCAAAACCAAAUAAAAUUUUUAGUCUUAAAAAAAAUUUUUAAUUACAAAAAUUAAAAAAAUAUAUCUUUAUAAUAUAGAAAUUUUUGUAAUUUAAUUAAAAAUCUCUUUA